AUGGAAGACUCCACGACCCCAUCAGACCCGGGGCCCCGCCGAGCUGGGGCACGCCUCCUCGCAGCCCUCAAACAAGUCUCCAUCAUGAUCCUACGCCAGUGGCUCCUAAUCGGAAUGGGCAUCGCCUGCGCCCUGGCAUAUCUCUUCCCAGAUAUAGCAAAGACAGACGGCGGGGUAAUCCGCAGCGAAUACACCGUUCUCUACGGUGUAAUCGCCAUCAUCUUCCUAAUCUCCGGCCUCAGCAUCCCGCGCCAGAAACUCUUCAAACAAUUCCUAAAUUGGCGACUCCACAUCCUAGUCCAGGUGAUAUCAUUCCUAUUCAUCCCCGCACUGGUCCUGGCAGUCGUGCAUAUCAUUCUCGCUGCUGAUCCGGCGGGACAUAUUGAUCGGGCCGUGUUGGCCGGGUAUAUCCUGACCGCGUGUAUUCCGACGACUAUCGCGUCGAAUGUGGUUAUGACUCGAGCGGCGGGUGGUGAUGAUGCCGCGGCGUUGGUGGAGGUUUUGUUGGCGAAUGUUUUGGGACCCUUUGUUACGGCUGUUUGGACGGUGACGCUGUUACCUAAGUCUCCCGAGUUUGAUACGUGGAGGUAUGGGGGUGGGAGUUUGGGGAGUAUGUAUAAACAUGUUUUUCAGCAGUUGGGGUUGAGUGUGUUGCUCCCUUUGUUUGUGGGACAGUUGAUUCGUUGGACUUGGCCGGAUCGGACGGCCUGGGUUAUUCAGAAGACGAAGCUGCCCAAGUUGGCGAGUGCUUGUAUGCUGUUGUUGAUUUGGACAACAUUCUCCUCCUGCUUCGCAACGGGCGCCCUCCAAAGCCUCUCCGCUCAAAGCAUCAUCUUCGUCGUCCUCUUCAACAUCGCCCUCUACAUCGCCCUAACAGGAAUAUCCUUUUUCAGCUCCCGCCCACCCAAAUUCCUCCUCAACCAUCGCUGGUUCCAGCCCAUCUUGAAAUCUCUGCCUCCCGAGGAAACCAUCGCAGUCUGCUUCUGCUCUCCCGCGAAAAGUACAGCACUGGGCUUACCGUUGUUGUAUGCCAUGUGGGCUCCGGUGGACUUUUACACCAAAGCUAAAACGUCCGUACCGGUGCUGCUUUAUACGACGGAGCAGAUUUGUGUGGCGCAGUUUUUUGUGCAGUUGUUUCGGAGGUGGCAUGCGCGGAUUGCUGAGAAGGAGGAUGGAGAGGGGGAGGGGGAUGGAGACGGGGACGCUGGUGGGCGACUGGAUGAGGUUGGGAUUGGUAUGACGCAGAGACCGGUGGAGAGUCAUGGUGGUGUGGUUUGA